UCCUCAAAGUGGUCUGAGAUGAUCUCACACACUGCUUUGGUGACACUGAAUGAGGCCAAAUUUAACAAGCCAUCAACACUUCCCUUCACCCAGGAUGUCCAGUCUCUUCAUCAGCUCCUUGAGAAGACUGCAGAUACUGCUUUUCAGAAACUACAAGAGACUGCAUCUCCUCAAAGCUAUGCAGAACUGGCCAAAGCAACACUCACCAGAAUCAUUGUUUUCAACCGCAGACGUGCAGGAGAGGUCUCUAAAAUGCCGCUGAAGGCUUUCAAUGAAAGGGACGGCACUUCUCUCCAUGAAGAUGUAGCGAUGGGCCUGAGCAAGUUUGAGCAGAAACUCUGCAGCCAUUUCAGUCGAGUUGAGAUCAGGGGGAAGAGGGGAAGAAAGGUUGCGGUUCUUCUCUCUCCUGAUAUGGUCGAUGCCCUGAUGCUACUGGUCAGCAGGAGAGGUACAUGUGGAGUGCUAGACACUAAUACUUUCUUGUUUGCUCGGCCAAACUGCCAGAGUUACUAUAGAGGCCAGGACUCUCUGAGGGUAUAUGCAAGGGAAUGUGGAGCUCAAAAUCCAGAAUUUCUCAGAUCCACUCAUCUUCGCAAGCACGUGGCUACGCUCUCUCAAAUCCUAAACCUGAAAAACAACGAGUUAGAUCAGGUUGCUGAUUUCUUAGGGCAUGACAUCCGUGUCCACCGUGACUAUUACAGACUGCCAGAAGCCACUACUCAGCUUGCUAAAAUAUCAAAGCUACUGUUAGCCAUGGAAAAGGGCUGCCUUCCUAAUCUUCAAGGCAAAUCCCUUGAUGACAUUGAGAUUGAAGAUGAGAUCAACAUGACGGAUUCUGAUGACAGUGAUCCUGAAGAAAGUGAAUCUGAUGAUGAGGCUCUUGCUGGAGCUGCGGGAAACUCCAGUAAUGCUGGUGUUCAGAAGAUGCCCAUUGAGAGCACCACUGAACUUCCUGAAGAGAGUGAGAGUGAGGCAGAAACUGAAAACCCACGGAGAGGGCAGAAGGUGUCCUGGUCAAACGCUGAAGUUACAGCUGUAAUGAAACAUUUUAAGGGCCACAUAGCUAAAGGAAAACUGGCCACACUGACUGAAUGCCAGCAGUGUAAAUCUGCUGAGGAUCCUGUUUUGGUGAGACGCAGUGCACAGAACAUAAGGGAUUUUGUAAGAAAUCGAGGAAUUAGCUUAAAAAGGAAAACCCAAAGCAAGUGAUGUUACAGUACAUUUUGUGUGUUCUUGAUGCCAUUCAAUUAACAUUAGCACUUUGGCUGUUGUUUUUAUUUCCCAUAGUGCAAUACUGUUAUGGCAGCAGUUCAUACGAAUAUCUCCUUGUAGAAAUCGAGGUUGACUGUUAGUUUGUCAAAAAUUACAAAAUUGUGUCAAUUUCUCAUUGAUUUUUGGAUGACCUGUCCCUUAAAGAGAAUUUAACUUCCAGAAUGAAAACUGUCAUCAUGUACUAACCCUCCACUUGAUCCAGCCCUGCAUCAGUUUCUUUCUUCU